CUUCAACAGUUCUUCCAAGAUCCACAGUUAGAACAACUAACUGAACAGAAAGGAGAAAGUUAACUGACUGGAACUUCUUAACCUAUUUGAAAGCCUCAAGCAUGGAAGUAAGAAUUAUUAUGCUGUUACUAACAGUCGUCGCUGUAAACUUUGCAAACGGAAAACCGAUUUUUCAAGUGCCCGUUGACCCUGACGUGGAACCAGCAAGGGAAUCUGAGCUUAUGGAUUAUCUCAUCAAGUACGGCUAUCUCGGCAACCCCAAUCACAGAAUCGGAAAAGUCACCACAAUGGAGGAAUUCAAAGCCGCUGUUAGAAGAAUGCAACGCUACGCGGGUUUAAAUGAGACGGGAGACUUUUCUGAUCCCAGAACAUUAGCGCUAGUGAAAGCGAACAGAUGUGGAGUGUCUGACUUAGGACCAUCUGAUAAUGCACGACGUAAGCGAAGAUACGCCUUGCAAGGAACAUACUGGAGGAAAAAUGAACUCACUUACAGAGUCGAAAACUACACAUCCGAUAUCCCAGCGGAAGAAGUGGACAAUACAAUCGCAAAAGCCAUUGAUAUGUGGUCGAGUGCCAGCGGUCUCACUAUCAAGCGGGAGGACAACCCAGACAUGCACGCGGACAUCAGAAUUCACUUCGUGAGAGGUUUCCAUGGCGACACCAGACCAGCGGACGGUCCUGGAGCCGAACUAGCACAUGCUUUCUUCCCUGGGGCCGAUGAUGAAGACCUGGCUGGUGACGUACAUAUUGACGAUGACGACACGUUUGCUGUUAAAGGCGGGAGUGGUAUUGAUCUGCUGUGGCUGGUCGUGCAUGAACUGGGACACAGUCUUGGUCUUGACCACACAUAUCACCCUGAUUCGGUUAUGUUUGCUUAUUACACGGGAUAUAAACCCGACUUGAAGCUGGAUAGUGACGAUAUACAAGGAGUGCAACGCUUAUACGGUCUCCCAGGUGUCGAACCAGAGACUCCAUCGCCCAACCCCACCCCCAAGACUUGCAGUGACGUCAAACCGGACGCAGUGGUCACAACCGCCGACCAGAAAACAUACGCCUUUAGUGGCAAGCAUUUCUGGGAAAUCAAGGACACGGGCGGCGCCUCAGGUCCAUAUGAGAUCAAAGAUUACUGGCCUGACUUAGAAGAGAACAUGGAUGCUGCAUACACAAUCAGGUCCUUUGGACAGACGUUAUUCCAUAAAGGAAAUAGGUUCUGGGUGUACCACAACAAAGAAAAACAGUAUGGUCCCGCUGACAUCUCGCAACUCGGACUGCCCGAGGAGCUCGCCAAUAUUGACGCUGCGCUGGAAUGGAAACGAAAUGGCAAAACUUACUUCUUUAAAGGUUCCUAUUAUUGGCGGUACGACAGAACGCGGGGCAAGAUCGAUGAUGGAUAUCCCAGGUCUAUAUCAGUUUGGAAGGGAAUUCCCAAUGAUAUCGAUGCAGUGUUUCAAUGGAAAAAUGGCAGGUCUUACUUCUUCAAGGGAAGCCAAUACUACGCUUUCGAUGAUGACAAAGUGAAGGUCCUUGAAGACAGUGUGAAUCCAUACCCAAGAGAUGUAGCAUCCUACUGGAUGGGCUGUUCCAACCCAGAUGUUGAGAUAAAGCCGGUGGGAUCAGCUUAUGGCUUACUACCAAACCUGCUCGUCUUCAUUGCAUGUUUCUUUAUCACGUGGCUGUUUUAAACGCCUGUAGCUAAAAGGACAGAUUAGCCUGAAGCACUUAUAUAUAUUGCCACAGACGGAAUUAAGUUUUAAAUUGCAGCUUAUAAAGCACGAACAAGAACGCUUUAUGGACACAAACAUGAAGUGUAUAAAUUAAAGUACUGUGUACACAGUCGAGUCAGUUCCCAGUGGAACAAUUAUAUUGUACAGUUAUAUAUAAAAUAUUUAUUUAUUGAUGUGAAUAUUAAUAAUUUAUUACAUUGCAAAUAUUAUUAAUAUCGAGGCGAAUGCUCGAAAGGGCUGUCACAGCUCAAAGAAAAUAAAUAUUUAUUAUCUUUCAAAAAUACAA